AUGGCUCCUACUCCUCUGCUCGCUGCAGCAGCACUGAUGGCGGUGGCAGUGGCAAGCUGGCCACUUGCCGCGGCGGAGCAAGAGGGUGCCGGCAACCUGAGGCAGCCGCCGGUGGCGCAGGGCCUGUCAUUCGACUUCUACAGACGGAGCUGUCCGAGAGCGGAGUCCAUCGUGCAGGACUACGUCAAGGACGCCGUCCGCAAGGACGUCGGCAUCGCCGCCGGACUCCUCCGCCUCCACUUCCACGACUGCUUCGUGCAGGGCUGCGACGCGUCGGUCCUCCUCGACGGGUCAGCAACCGGUCCCGGCGAGCAGCAGGCGCCGCCGAACCUCACGCUGCGCCCGUCCGCCUUCGCCGCCAUCAACGCCAUCCGCGACCGGCUCGAGCGGGAGUGCCGGGGCGCCGUCGUCUCCUGCUCCGACAUCCUCGCGCUCGCCGCGCGCGACUCCGUGGUCUCCACCGGCGGGCCCUCCUACCGCGUGCCGCUCGGCCGCCGCGACAGCCCGCGCUUCGCCACCGUCCAGGACGUGCUCUCCGGCCUCCCCGCGCCCACCGCCACCGUGCCAGCCCUCCUCGCCGUGCUCCGCAACAUCAACCUCGACGCCACCGACCUCGUCGCGCUCUCCGGCGGCCACACCGUGGGGCUGGGCCACUGCACCUCCUUCGACGACCGCCUCUUCCCGCGCCCCGACCCGACCAUGAACCCCGACUUCCUCAGCAAGCUCAAGCAGACGUGCCCGGCCAAGGGCACCGACCGCCGCACCGCGCUGGACGUCCGCACCCCCAACGCGUUCGACAACAAGUACUACGUCAACCUGCUCAACCGCCAGGGCCUCUUCACAUCCGACCAGGACCUCUACACCAACGCCGCCACCCGGCCCCUCGUCGAGCGCUUCGCAAGCAGCCAGCAGGACUUCUUCAACCAGUUCGGCGUGUCCAUGGUGAAGAUGGGGCAGAUCAAGGUGCUCACCGGCAACCAGGGCCAGGUCCGCAGGAACUGCUCCGCCCGCAACCCCGGCACCGUCGCCGGCGACCACCUCUCCUGGUCGUCCCUCGCGCAGACCGUCGUCGAGGCCGCCGCGGAGAGCCUCGGAUUCUAG